AUGGCCACCAAGGCAGCACACAAGCGGUUGACCCGAGAGUAUCAAAACAUUCAGGCGAAUCCUCCUCCCUACAUCGUGGCACAUCCUUCAGAAUCAAACAUCCUAGAAUGGCACUAUAUCCUCACAGGGGCUCCCAACACCCCGUAUGAAGGUGGUCAAUAUUGGGGCUCGUUGGUGUUCCCGUCCGACUAUCCUUUUGCACCGCCUGCAAUCCGGAUGCACACGCCCAGCGGCCGUUUCCAACCUUCCACAAGAUUAUGUCUCAGUAUUAGCGACUUCCACCCUAAAUCGUUCAACCCCGCCUGGUCGGUAUCCACCAUUCUCAUUGGCCUCAUGUCGUUCAUGAACAGCGAGGAGAUGACGGCCGGCAGCGUAGGCGGAACUGCCGCAGAGCGAAAAUGGUACGCAGCGAGGUCAAGAUGGUGGAACUCAACCGGCGGCGGGUCAGCGUCCAAACCGGUCCCGGGCGUCCACCCCACCGCGAAGGGAGUGGGAAACAUAAAAGCCGGGGAUGGAGGAGUCAAGUUCAGAGCAGAAUGGCCCGACGAGGACAAAGAAAAUUGGAUAUGGAUGGCACAACACCAUAUUGACCCUGCCACAGGGCGAAUGCUACCGGACGCCGAAGGCGAGAACAGCGACUGUUCCCCAGAAACCAAAGCACUUCGCCGGAUCCUCGGAGGCAGUACUACCGGCGUGGGGGCGGUGGUUCAAGGAGGCCAGGCUGCCCGGAGAGCAGGCAAGGGCUGGGUCUGGCGGAACAAGCUGUGGCUUGUGGGAGGCUGCCUGGUGGUGUAUUUCCUACUAGCAAGAGUGUUUGGGGAGGAAGGUGUUUUAUGA